AUGAAUUAUUUUCAACAACAGCCUCAGUAUGGAAUUUGGCCACAACAACAACAACAAUUACAAUGUCCAGUAUGCCCUGGAAACAUGAGAAUGUGGCCUCAACAACAGCAACCUUCAGCAUUUGGUGGUUUUCCGAUGGUUGGUCAAUAUUAUAAUAAUCCUUAUCAACAGCAACAGUAUUAUCACUCACUAUAUCAACAAUAUUAUCAGCAGCCUCAAUCCCCAUACAUGCAACAAAAUCCCAUGGCUUAUUCUCAACCUUUCAUGCCGUUAAGUUACCAAAAUCAACGACCUUAUUAUUACUAA